GCCAACACUGCUUCCAGUUAUGGAUCGAGCUCUCGCCCUGUUUCCAGCUAUGGCUCCAGCUCUCGCCCUGCCUCCAGUUAUGGCUCGAGCUCUCGGCCUGCUUCCAGUUAUGGAUCGAGCUCUGUCAACACUGCCUCCAGCUAUGGAUCGAGCUCUCGCCCUGCCUCCAGUUAUGGCUCGAGCUCUGUCAAGACUGCCUCCAGUUAUGGCUCAAGUUCUCGGCCUGCCUCCAGCUACGGCUCAAGCUCUGUCAAGACUGCUUCCAGCUACGGCUCAAGCUCUGUCAACACUGCCUCCAGCUACGGCUCAAGCUCUGUCAACACUGCUUCCAGUUAUGGUUCCAGCUCUCGGCCUGUCUCUAGUUAUGGAUCGAGCUCUGUCAAGACUGCCUCCAGCUACGGCUCCAGCUCUGCCAACACUGCUUCCAGUUAUGGUUCCAGCUCUCGGCCUGUCUCUAGUUAUGGUUCCAGCUCUGUCAAGACUGCCUCCAGCUAUGGAUCGAGCUCUGUCAAAACUGCUUCCAGUUAUGGUUCCAGCUCUGUCAACACUGCCUCCAGUUAUGGUUCCAGCUCUCGGCCUGCUUCUAGUUAUGGAUCGAGCUCUGUCAAGACUGCCUCAAGUUACGGCUCCAGCUCUGUCAACACUGCUUCCAGUUAUGGCUCGAGCUCUGUCAACACUGCCUCAAGUUAUGGAUCGAGCUCUGUCAAGACUGCCUCAAGUUAUGGUUCCAGCUCUCGGCCUGCCUCCAGCUACGGCUCCAGCUCUGCCAACACUGCCUCAAGUUAUGGAUCGAGCUCUGUCAACACUGCCUCCAGUUAUGGCUCAAGCUCUCGGCCUGCUUCCAGUUAUGGCUCAAGCUCUCGCCCUGCCUCCAGCUACGGCUCCAGCUCUGCUUCCAGCCCAGCAUCUAACGCAUCUUCGGCCUCGUCCUCCCGCCAGUCUGCCACUGUCUCCAAUCAGAGCUCCAGCUCCACACUGGCCUCUGGCUCGUCUGGCUAUAGCUCUGCACCAGUGACAUCUGGCCAAACCAGCUCGACCCGUUCAAGUGGAUCUCCGACCUCCAGUUACAUCUCUGCUCCGUCGAGUGGCGCCUCCAGCGGCGCCUCUAGCCAGAGCAGCGCAACUAGCCCAAGCUCUGCUUCCAGCUCCUCAGCUGGCUUCAACGGCUCCAGUACGUACUCCAGCACCGCCGGCUCUUCUGUUGCUGGCCAGUCCAGCUCCUCUGCUUCUGGUUCCUCCAGCGGCACGAGCUCUGUGGCGGGCCAGUCGACUGUCGUCCCUGGCUACUCAAGUGCUGUCAGCGGAACUUCCAGCACUUCCAGCCAAAAUAGCGCCUCAUCAACUGGAGCUUCCAGCGCAUCCAGCAGCACCGCUGGCGGCUCGAGUCACGUGACUGGCGCUUCCAGCAGCACCACCAGCCACAGCAGGCCAGCGUCCAGCGGACCUGGCAGUGCCUCGAGCAGCACUGUGGCCGGCAUCUCCGGCCUCAGCCAAAGCAGCUCUGCCGGCUCCGUGACCUCAGGCUCGAGCGAGGCGUCCACGCCAGGACAGCCGCAGACCCCUAGCUCGUCCGCCGUUUCAACUGCUUCCUCAACUGCUGCCUCGGGCUCCAGCUCCCAGACGUCUGUCUCUUCCGGCUCCUCUGGCUCAGAAUCCGCAAGCUCGGCUCCGCAGACCUCGGCCACGUCCGCUUCUGGUUCCCAAACAGCCUGCCCAACGUGUGUCUCGGAAACUUCCGCCACUCAGUCCAGCUCGCAGGCCACUUCAGCCGUCUCAACCAGUUCAGCAAACACUGCUACUGAGGUUUCAAGCGGAACGGGAACAGGAGCUACUAGCGCAGCUACCUCGGGAGCAUCGUCUGAGACGUCUACGGGCCUUGCCGCCUCCACCAGCUCCACCCAUUCCAGCUCGUCCUCUCGCGUGGCCACGGGUGCUUCAACGGAGUCCGCAGCGUCCUCGACAGGCACAGCCGGAGAGUCUACCCCAGCCACGUCGCGCACUUCCACCAGCGCCACCGGCGCAGAGUCUUCAGAAACCGGCACCUCUUCAGGACCUUCCGGCACAGCGUCCUCAGGAACAACCGCUACCACAUCUUCAGGACUUCCUGGUUUCUCAUCUUCAGAAACAGCUGGCACGUCUUCAGAAACAACCAGCGCCUCUUCAGGAAUAACCACCACGUCUUCAGGAAUAACCAGCACCUCUUCAGGAAUAACUGGCGCAGAAUCUUCAGAAACCAGCACGUCUUCAAGAAUAACUGGCACGUCUUCAGAAACAACCAGCGCCUCUUCCGGAAUAGCCGGCACAGAAUCUUCAGAAACCAGCACCUCUUCAGAAACAGCCGGUACGUCUUCAGGACUUUCUGGCACAGAAUCUUCAGAAACAACCAGCACCUCUUCAAGAAUAACUGGCACGUCUUCAGAGACAACCAGCGCCUCUUCAGGAAUAACCACCACGUCUUCAGGAAUAACCAGCACCUCUUCAGGAAUAACUGGCACGUCUUCAGGAAUAACUGGCACGUCUUCAGAAACAACCAGCGCCUCUUCAGGAAUAACUGGCACAGAAUCUUCAGAAACAGCCGGUACGUCUUCAGGACUUUCCGGCACAGAAUCUUCAGAAACAACCAGCACCUCUUCAAGAAUAGCUGGCACGUCUUCAGGAAUAACUGGCACGUCUUCAGAGACAACCAGCGCCUCUUCAGGAAUAACCACCACGUCUUCCGGAAUAACCAGCACCUCUUCAGGAAUAACUGGCACAGAAUCUUCAGAAACCAGCACGUCUUCAAGAAUAACUGGCACGUCUUCAGAAACAACCAGCGCCUCUUCCGGAAUAGCUGGCACAGAAUCUUCAGAAACCAGCACCUCUUCAGAAACAGCCGGUACGUCUUCAGGACUUUCCGGCACAGAAUCUUCAGAGAUAAUCACCACCUCUCCAGGAACCACCACCUCUCCAGGAAUAGCCGUUUCCUCAUCAGAAAUAACCACCUCCUCUUCAGAAUUAUCCGGCACCUCCUCCCCAGGACUUCCGGGCUCCUCGCCUGCAACGCCAGGCUCUUCCAGCUUGUCCACCAGCCCCACCGAGCCCCUCACAGGAGCCUCAACUGUCUCCCCGGCCUCUGAGCCGUCCGGAACGGCUGAAACCGGGGUCUCCCAAGUCGCAGGCUCCACCACCUCUACGCCGCUCACGGGCCCUUCGUCUCAGGCGGCUCCCGCCACCUCUGCGGCCACCGCCCACGCGACAGCUUCCGUCGCCGGCCCGGCCAACUUCCCGGGCAACGCCCGAACCACGGCCUCCGCGUCGUCCCAGAACACCUCUACACCAGGAAAUACUCCAGCCUCCGGCUCGUCCCCUGCGCAGACGACUUCGUCUGCUGCUGCCGGCAGUGAAUCUUCUCACUCUGCCAGCCUGUCCACCCUCUACACCAGAACGUUUUCGAGCAGUGCGUCGGGCUCUUCCGCCACUGCCAGCGCGGUGGCCGCCUUCGAAGGCGGCGCAGCCCGCUCUGCCACCUCUCCGCUCCUCUUCGCGUUGAUGGCUUUUGUUUACUUUAUCUAG